UUAUUGAGCGAUUUAAUGAUACUUCAAAAUGAAGGUAUUAGCAUUAAUGUUGAAGGUAUAACACACAAUCUUAAAGGCUCCAUUGUUACAUUAUCUGGUGAUAAUUUGUCUGCACAUACAAUUGGUGGUUUUUCUGCAUGUUUCUCAUCUGGUCGUAUUUGUCGAAAUUGCAUGGUACCACAUAUUAACAUUCGUGAUAUUAAAACUGAAAGUCAAUGUAAUUUGCGAACUAAAGCCAGUCACGAUUAUCAUGUUAACUCUGUGUUAAUUGAUCCAUCUUUGAUGCCUGUUUAUGGAGUUAAAAAGAAAUGCCCAUUUUCUAUGUUAAAUUAUUUUCAUCCAAUCGAUUCCAUGCCCCAGGACAUAUUACAUGACAUAUUGGAAGGACUGAUGAGUGUUAAUUUUAGCGUUGUUAUAAAAGGCCUUGUUAAAGAUAAGUUUUUGACAGUCUGUGAGCUCAGAAAUAUACUAAAAAUUUUUAAAUAUGGGAUUACUGAACGCUGUGAUAAACCAUCGCCUUCAAAUGUUCCACUUAAUUUAGUAUCCAGUAAUAAGCAUAUCAGCGGAAAGGCUGUGGAGAGGUGGUCAUUGUUUUAUCAUCUUCCAUUAUAUAUUGGAAAAAUUGUACCAAAAGAAAAUGAAUAUUGGAUGCUACAUUUGUUAAGUAGAAGAAUAUGCCAAAUUAUUCUUUCACCAAUUAUUGAUAUAGAGUGGAUUCCUGUACUCACCCACCUUAUUGCUAGACACCAUGAGUUAUUAACAAGGUUAAACCCAAAAUCAUUUACACCCAAGAUACAUUUUCUUGUUCAUUAUCCACGAAUGAUUGCCCAAUUUGGUCCUCUUAGAUUACUUUGGUGUCUAAGAUUUGAAGCAAAACAUCAAUAUUUUAAACAAAUUGCUCAUCGUGUGAAAAACUUUUGAAACAUUACUAAAACUCUUGCUGAGAGACACCAGAUGGCUAAGUGUGCUCUUUUGUCACCAGCAAAUGAAUGGAUUCAGAGUUCUCCGGUUAUUCUAGGUUUACAGCAAUUUCUGCCUUAUUCAAUACUUCCAACCAGUCUUUGCACAAAAAUCAAACAAAUGUAUGGAAUUGAGAAAAGUAGUCAUCAAAAGAUUAUGUCUGUCAAUCGCUUGCAAUGUAAUGGAACAUUAUCUCGUGUAAAAACUUUUGUUGUCUAUAAUGUAAUUGAUGAAGAGUGCAUUCCGUUGUUUGCUGAAAUUGAAUACAUUUUAUAUUUGCACGGUCUUUGGUUUGUAUGUUGUAUUCUCCAUUAUUCUGUUGGUUAUAACCCACAUCUUGAUGGUUACAUUACUGAAAAGAGCGACGAAUGGAUUGUUUAUACACCUGGAGCUAUUGUUAAUCAUCAACCUCUAAGUUUAUAUAUUGUAAAUGGUGAAAAUAUGAUAUUUUUGCACAACAGUGUGAUUAAAAGUUAAAAUAAUUUAUGUUAAAUAUAAAUACAAAUUUAAAAUUCAACCUAUCUAUUAAAUUUGACGUUCACUCCAACAAUCCCCAUUAACCCCCCAGACAAAAUGACUAAAAAUGUUCUUUUUAUCUAAAACUUAUUUUUAAUUCUUUUUCAAUUAAUUUUAUUGUAAAUAAUUUGUUAUGUUUGGCUAAUAUCAUAAAACUAGUAACUCUUAUCAGCAUUUCUGUUUCAGUGUUUAGGUUUUUUUAACAUUAACAUAAA